GUGUGACUACCUUUGUUUAUGCCUUUGGAUUUCGGGUAAUGAAGGUUCCAUAAUGGCUAGAUUUGGCUUGUCUAAGAUUUGUAAGGAGGAAGAUGAUCAUGAGCUUUCUGAAAUGCGAUGCAAGCAUGGGUUUUUAUUGCCUUUGAUGACCUCUUGGACCCCAAGGAAUCCGGGUAGAAGAUAUUGGAGUUGUCCAUACUAUGGUGGUGCUAGAUCAUGUGAUUUUUAUCGUUGGAAGGAUGAUGAGAUUGAUCCAAGAUCCAAAUUUGUGAUUCCUAAACUAGUGAGAAGAAUUGGUGAACUUGAAGCAUCAUUUGAAGCUUCCGCAAAAGUUGAUAACAAGCCUACUAUGUCUACAAAAUCUGUAGAAAGCAAAAUUGAUAUGCAAAGCAUAGAGAUUGAAAUGGAUAAUUUUGGAGAACAAAUUAAGAAGAUGAAAGAAAAGGAGAAGAAGUGGAAGAGCAAGCUGGCCAAGUCCAGCAAAGGGAGACAAUACUUUGGAUUGCCUUGUUGUGUAUUGGCAUUUUAG